AUGGAAGCAGCGGAGUUAAAGGAGCUACUCAGACAACAGGAAAAUUUUCUGAAGUCUUUAAUGAUCAGUCAAAGAGAAUGGAUGGAAAAAGUGACGAAGCCAGGUAUGGUUAUGGAUGGCUUGGGUAGACUUGCAUCAAAUACACCUGCGCCUCCACCUUUUCAUCAAUACCAGAAAGAGAAGCAUCACUGGGAAUCAUAUUUGAAGCAACUAGAGCAACAUUUUUCGGCAUAUUCGGUAGAGGAAGACCAGCAAAAAAGGGCGUUCCUUCUUUCAUGGGUAGGUUCUGAGAUUUUUGAAUUGGCUCAAAAAUUACUUGGGGACAAAUUAGAGGAUCUGUCAUUUAAGGUUAUCACAGAUAAAUUGUCUGAACAUUUUAAACGCAACGUUCACAUAUUGGCAGCUCGAUAUGAGUUUUUUCAGGCGAAAAUGGGGGAAGGCCAAAGCUAUGCAGAUUGGGUAGCUGAGCUACGUGGCUUAUCCCGCAAUUGUAAGUAUAUCUGUUCCAAACCAGAAUGCAAGCAAGAAUUUGUUGAUGAACUGCUGCGGGAUACGAUAGUCAUCAAUACUCCCCACGAUGCUGUCCGUACGGCAGCUCUCCAAAAGCCAAACCCUACUCUGGAAGAUGUACUUUUGAAAGCAGAAUCUUAUGAAGCCACGAAAAACACAGUAAGUGUCCUUAAAAAUGUAAAAGGGCAAAGUACUCAACAGCAAGAAAUUUUUCGUAUAGACGCAAAUAAAACGCGUAAAAAUCGUCCGAUGAGUGAAGGUAGAGGGAAAAGUAGCGGUCAAAUAACGGAGCCAAUUAAAUCGUGUCCGCGGUGUGGGGUAAGCCACAAUAGAGACAGUUGUAAAUUUCGUAAUGCGGACUGUUAUAGUUGCAACGGUACUGGUCAUAUCGCCUCAGUUUGUUUAACGGGUAGUAGAAAUAAAAAAAGAAACAAGCAUUCUUAUCGUAGGAAUCGCUCUCGCAAUAGACAGUCGGUUAACGGGUCGAAGAAAAUGGAAAAUAUUGAGACGAUGGACAGUCACAUGAUCGAUUUUAUUAACGUGGUAGAUUUAGACAAUCAAAGUGAAACGGCACACGAUACGAAUGUUUUGCAAAGUCAGCCAGUCCGAAAAGGCAAUAAAAUGAUUUUAAAACUUAAAAUAAAUGAUCGGUUUAUGGAUUUCUUAGUGGAUACUGGGGCUUCAUGCUCCAUGGUUAGCAGAGAGCAAUUUAGACAGUUGCAAUGUAACCAGCUGCAGCCGGCAGGCAUUGUUCUUAAGGCGUAUGGUGACAUUACAGUGCCCGUGCUUGGAAAAGCAUUCGUCAAUGUGGAAUACGACUCGAUUAAAAUGGUGCUACCUCUCAUUGUGACUGAUGUUAAAGCGGCUAAUAAUAUUCUCGGCAUAGACUGGCUAGACUCAUUUGGGCUUAAUAUGAAGCAAGAGGUAGUAUAUAAUAUAUCUAACGUCACGUUAAAAUCGAAGGUAAAUGAUUUAUGUAAUGAAUUUAGUAGCAUUUUUGAUAAAUCAUUAGGCCGUUGCAUACCUUUUAAAGCCCAUCUACAACUAAAAUCUAAAGCGUCUCCAAAGUUUUUCAGAAGCCGUCCAAUCCCUUUUUCUCAGAUGGAUUCGUUUAAGCAGGAGGUGGAGCGCCUUGUGUCAGAAGGAAUUUGGAAACCAAUUAAGUUUAGUAAUUGGGCAGCACCAGUCGUCGUGGUACCAAAGAGUGACGGGCGAGUACGAAUCUGUGGGGACUUCAAAGCUUUAAAUGCGCAGUUAGAAGUAGAACAUGCGCUUAUACCGAGAGUAGAAGAGAUGUUAUACAAGGUGCGAGGUGGCAAAUUUUUUGCAAAAAUUGAUCUGUCGGACGCUUACCUCCAGGUUGAGCUGGAUGAUGAAUCGAAGGAGUUUAUGGUCGUCAACACAGUCAUGGGAUUGUACCAGUGUCAGAGGUUGCCGUUUGGAGUUGCUAGUGCGCCGGCAAUAUUCCAAAGAUUAGUUGAACAGGUAAUUGCGGGGGUUCGCCAGUGUGGGAACUAUAUUGAUGAUAUAAUUGUGGCAGCCGAAACCACUCAUGAGCUCUUGGACACUUUACGCGAAAUUUUUGAAAGGCUUAAGUCAUAUGGUCUGGUUUGCAAGCGUGAAAAAUGUAUUUUGUUGGAGACAGAAAUUGAAUUUCUAGGCCACAUCAUUAGUGAGACAGGUAUUAGACCUUCAGAUUCCAAGGUUAUCGCGAUUAAAGAAUUGCCACGUCCAACUAACGUGAAAGAUGUACAGGCUUUCAUGGGGAAAGUCAAUUAUUAUAAUAAAUUCAUUAAAAACUUAUCUCAAAUCAGUGCCCCUUUAAAUAUACUCCGCAGGAAUGAUACAGCGUUUGUGUGGCGGAAAGAGCAAGAGUCAGCAUUUCAAUAUUUAAAAUCACAACUAGUGGACGCAACGAGGCUAUCUCAUUUUCGUGACGAUUUGCCUAUAAUUCUGGCUACGGACGCAUCCUCUCAUGGCAUAGGAGCCGUCAUUUCUCAUGUGCUUCCCAAUGGAUCGGAAGUGCCGAUUGCACACGCUUCAAAAACUUUGAACAUACAUCAAAAACGGUAUAGUCAGAUAGAAAAGGAGGCCCUCUCUAUCAUAUACGGGGUGCAGAAGUUUAAUCAGUAUCUUUACGGUCGACAUUUUAUUUUGUAUACGGACCAUAAGCCGCUGGUCUCAAUAUUUAACCCUGAAAAAAAUUUACCUGUCUUUACAGCUCAAAGAUUGCAGCGCUGGGCUUUGUUCUUGAUGGGUUAUCAAUAUAGCAUCAGAUACAAGCCUACAAGUAAACAUGGAAACGCAGACGCGUUGUCGCGGUUACCAAUGGGCCAGGAUGAGCAAUUUGAUGCAAGCGAAAACUCCUGUCUGCAUGUUCAAUUUGAUGAAGUGAUUGAAGCGUUUCCAGUGGAUGCCAAGCAAAUAGCCAGUGCCACAGCCGUAGAUCCCGUUCUAUCCAAAGUACUCAAGUUUUUACGCCACGGCUGGCCGGACUCAUCAAAGCUUAUAGAUAAACAGUUGAAACCUUAUUUUGACCGAAGAUAUUCUCUUCUCAUAGAAAAUAAUAUUAUUUUACUUCAGGCUGAGCACGUUCGCGUCGUUGUUCCAGCAUCGCAGCAGCCAAAUGUGUUGAAGCUCCUCCACGAUGGACACUGGGGGAUCACAAGAAUGAAGCAGCUAUCCAGGAGAUAUUGCUGGUGGCCAUUUAUACACAAGGCCAUAACCGAACGUGCAGCAAAAUGCAUACAAUGUCAGGAAACAAGCAGUAGCCCAAGGAAGGAGUAUUCGUCGUGGCCGUCACCUGAUCAUGCAUGGCAGCGUAUACACCUGGAUUUUGCGGGUCCAUUUCUUGGACACAUGUGGUUGGUCUGUAUAGAUGCAUUUUCUAAGUUCCCGUUCGUUGUUAAAAUGUCCACAAUAACAACGUCAUCUGCCACAAUUUCAAUUCUGAAAGGUAUUUUUGCGCUGGAGGGACUACCUGAUACAAUCGUCUCGGACAAUGGUCGACAAUUUGUGUCCCACGAGUUUGAGCAAUUCUGUUCUUCAAAUGGAAUUCAACAUUUGACGUCAGCACCUUUUCAUCCUGCCUCUAAUGGAGAGGCUGAACGUUUUGUAAGGACCUUUAAAACGUCAUUAAAGAAGAUUAUGGAAGGAGGAGAAGACUUGAAUAAUGCGUUACUUCACCAUUUAAGCACUUUUCGAUCGACACCGAAUCCUGUUACCGGGAAAUCACCAGCAGAAAUAUUACAUGGACGACAGCCUAAAAUUCCUCUUGCUUUGAUGUUCCCUCGACAGAACAAACUACAAAGCAGCAAAGGACUUAAUCGUUUUGUUAGCGAACAGCUAGUGUUAGUGAAGAACUUCUCAAGAGGACCAAAAUGGAUUCGAGGUAGGGUAAAAAAGCAACUUGGGCGGAUGACAUACCUUGUAUCCACAGUUUUUGGAGCUCUUAAGCGACACCAAAACCAGAUGAGGGCUCAGCACUCGAAUGAAAAUCACUUGGAUGAGUUUUUCAUGAAUAAGGGCCUUCAAAGUUCUGCAGCAAAUCAGGCAAGUAUAAAUUCUGAUAAUACUAAUAUUCCUUCAGUCUCAUCGACAGUAAGCAAGAUUGUUCCUCAAGCAACAGAAACAAGGGACAACAAUGCAGCUGCCAAGCCGUCGGUGAUUCCGGCUGUGCAAACACCUAGACGCUCUUACAGACAACGAAGACCUGUCGUUCGAUUCCAGGUCUCACAUUGA